AUGAGUGACUUAGACCGGGCGAUCGAGCAGCUGCGGGCCUGCCGCCUGAUCCCCGAAUCGCAAGUACGCGAGCUUUGCUACAAGGCGCGUGAGCUCCUAAUCGAAGAAGGCAACGUCGUAUCCGUCGAUGCCCCAGUAACCAUCUGCGGUGAUAUCCAUGGCCAAUUCCAUGACCUGAUGGAGCUGUUCCGCGUCGGCGGCGACGUGCCCGACACCAACUACCUCUUCAUGGGCGACUUCGUCGAUCGCGGCUUCUACUCACUCGAAUCCUUCCUCCUCCUUCUCUGCCUCAAAGUCCGGUAUCCAGAUCGCAUGACCCUCAUCCGUGGUAACCAUGAAUCGCGACAGAUCACAACCGUCUACGGCUUCUACGACGAGUGUAUCCGCAAAUACGGCAGCGCCAAUGUCUGGCGUUACUGCUGUGAGGUCUUCGAUUACCUGGCGCUCGGCGCGAUCGUGCUCGGCGCCAGCUCGGAACUGGAACCUACCCGCUCCGGCAUGAAUGAUACCACCCAGUCGGCCAUGCCCAUCGAUGACGGUGAGCUGGAGACCGAGGUACUGAACUCGCGCGGCGAUGUCACCAUGAGCACCUACCGCCAGCGGCAGCGCGCGGCCUCCGAUAUCUCGACCGACUCACAAACCAUCUCUCCCCCACGCGAUAUCUCGGCUAUUUCGGGCCAGAGCCAGGCUGGGCCUCCGACUCGCAAUGGAGCACCAGGUACCGGUGCGAGUGGAGAUGGAAACGGUAGCUUGGCGGCAAACCGCACGGGUGCUGUACUCUGCGUGCACGGCGGUUUAUCACCACUCAUAGACUCGGUAGACAAGAUUCGACUGAUAGAUCGGAAACAGGAAGUGCCGCAUGAAGGCGCCAUGUGUGAUCUUCUCUGGUCCGACCCAGAUGAAAUUGAGGGGUGGGGGUUGAGUCCCCGAGGUGCCGGAUUUCUCUUUGGUGGCGAUAUUGUGAAGCAGUUUAAUCACCUCAACGGCCUGUCCUUGGUCGCUCGAGCCCACCAGCUUGUUAUGGAGGGGUAUAAGGAGAUGUUUGAUGGUGGUAUCGUGACUGUGUGGUCCGCUCCAAACUAUUGUUACCGCUGCGGCAAUGUGGCGGCAAUACUUGAGCUGGGCGAAGAUGCCAAUAAUGGUGGAACGAUUUCCCGCAGUAAUGGUGACUUUGGCCGGAGCAACGGCGUUGGACAAUCAAACACAGUUGUCAGUCCUGGGCGACGUUACCGUGUUUUCGAGGCUGCAGCCCAGGAUACAAGGGGCAUGCCUGCGAAGAAGCCGGUCGCUGAUUAUUUCCUGUGA